AUGUGGUACACCUGUCAAUCCGUGGCUGGACGCUCACAGGAGUGUAUUCGCACAGCUGAUGCUGGACGCAUGGUCAGAGGCUCGGAAAACAGCGCCCCUGCCAGUCCGCUCGUCCAUAGCGACCACGCCCUGCAGGAGUGCAGCCCGCCAAACAUGUGCAGCGACCUGCGGACGCAUGUGAUGAGACAGGCACGCAUAGAGGUUACAGCCGCAUAUGCCCUGAACCAUCUCGAACUGCGAGUCCUCAAACCGAGUGAGCUGCUCCAGGAUUUUGUCUACCUGCGCCAGGAUCCUAGGAAUCCCGCGUCGCCCCGGUUCCUAAACAGUGCAAUUGCGGCCAUCAUAGCGCGAGCGUUCUACAACAAUGGAAAAUGGGGUAUCGGUGCCAUGGCAGGGAACCAGGAUAAGUUUCAGUUCCUAAGCGCUAACAUGAUGGCGCUUGUGGGCACAGUGUUAUAUAAUGCUAUCAAAGAGUACCACGACGACGGAACGAGGAAGACAAUCCAUUUCCACGGUCAUACCGUAGAGGAUAAUUAUAACGCCAUCCGCGAGAAGUGGAAAAGGCUGAGCGAGAUACGCCGUCUCCUCAUUUGGGACGCUUUAAAACAACAAAUAGCCAUACACGCGAACCACAUUGAAAACUCUGGAUCUAACGAAGAGACUAGAGUGCGACUGCGCGAAUCAUCGGGGGAAAUACACGAUAUAUUGCUCAGAGAGUUUCGUGGAGCUGACGACUUUACGGAAAGUGUGACACACAACGACGACGAGCAAGUAUGGUUUCAGAAUAAAGGGAAAGGUUGGAGCAUUGUGACGGACAGCACGUGGGACGAGUUUGCUAUGUUAGCAGAGGAAUACACGAUAGACAAUCGCAUUGUACACGCCCUAGCGCUGACGAAAGACGAAUGGGAAUUAGAGCCAGAAGACUGCGACGCUCUGGUGGAAAGAUACGAAGAAGAGAUAAACUGCUCCGACCUGUACAGUACUGUGUAA